AUGCUGAAGAUGCUGGAGGGCCUGCAGGCGAUGGCGGAGGCGUCGGAGAAGGGCCCUGCCGAUGCCGACCGGUACCGGCCGUACAAAGAGGUGGCCGACAACAUAAGGGCCGAAAUGGGGGAGUCGCAGGGCGGCCGGCGGUGCCGCAAGCGCAAACGCGCCUUCGAUUCCGAGAAGGGCGCCGGCACGAGGCGCAGGGUGGCCUCCCGGGCCGGCCACGCGCCCACGGGCAUGGCGCACUGCCAGAGCGGCGUGUGCGUGCAGUCUUGA